CGAGUUCUUCUGGAAGCUUCACAAGCGUGACCGUGGCUCGGGCGGCACCAGGAACUCAGAGGCCGCGGCGUUUUUCUUCGACCGGAAAUCGAAGUUUCGCCUUUGUUUGUAUUUUUCCUGGACAUGGGUACCUCUGCUCGCCUCCGCGUCUGUACGUUUCUGUUUGCGACUGUAGUGAUCGCUGAGGCCGCGAGCGACAAGAAGUACUUCAAGCUUGGCGGCAGCUUGGUGCUGAGACCCGCCCAGGUCACCGGAGACAUCACCAGCGUCUCGUGGAAACACAAUAAAGACCUGGUGGCGGAAUGGGUGAAGGAUAAAGUGCCUCCGACUUUCUAUGGAGUCCUCAAGGAUCGGGCCAAAAUGGAAUCAACCACCGCCGUGCUCACCAUCACCAACAUGACCAAAGACAACGAGGGCGACUACUCCGCGGAGAUAAACGACCAGCUGCAGGGGGACGCGCACACUGUCGUGUUCUUGGAGGUGGUGCCCAUUCCGGAAGUGGUGCAGAGGCCGCUGACCUGCUCACCCAGCGAAAAGACAUGCACACUGAGUUGCCACGCAGAGACCAAAGGAGCCGAACCUGUAACCUACCACUGGAAGGUGGGGGAGAAGGACUGGGUGAAGGGCGAGAAGGACAAGGAGAUCUCCAACACAGAGGGGGAGGAACAGCCCAAGACCUUCACAUGCAGGAUCAAGAACCCGGUCAGUGAGAGUGACAGCAAGCCCUCAGACAACCCCUUCCUAAGAAGAACAUCAGAGGGUGGACCUAAUGGGGGGGCCAUUGCUGGGGGCAUAAUUGUGGUACUGGUACUGGUACUGGGGGUGGGGGCGGCGGUUGCGUGGUUCUUCUACCCGAACCACCCACUUGUCUCUAGAUUCCGGGCCAGGUUCAGUGGAGAAGCUGCAACAUCUAAUGCCAACGGAACAACAAGCCCCCCUCCUGAAGAAACCCCCAUGAAUCCUGCCGAUGGUGAAGCUACAAAGGAGGAAGCCGCCUGAAGAGAGGCCCGCAGGCCUCUGGGCCCCGGGUCACACCACAACGUUUCCAAGUGAGAACGCAAAUCUUUCGCAGCGUUUCGGGGGUUCGCUUACGCAACAAUGGUGCUUCGAGCCCCUGAAAACGCAGCUUUUUGAGAACGGUUCCCUACGUGGAAACCUGUUGUGGGAAAAUGCAACUUUCUGUAAACGCUGCUACUGCGCAUGAGCACCAGAGGAAAGAAGUUCUGCACAUGCUCAGUAGACGGACAGUGAGGAGAAUGUUUUCCUCCAGAGUGUCACGACUCCCAGCCCCAGUUCUCCUGGACUGGGAACCUUCGUUGACAAUCUGCGUAAUAACAAACCGACUCGGUGUUGUGUCCAUAUGAACGUCUGUUCUCCUGUUCCUCAUGGGGACCCCCCCAUGGGUUGUUCUCUGCAGCAUGUGUGUGUGGCUUGAUUAGAAAAACUCACUGCCUGGCAUACUAACACCAUUUUCAGCUUUCCUGGAAGUUCAUUUUCAAAACGUUGCGAAUAACAAAUCAUUUUAUAACGUAAGUGUAAAAAUGCUGUGUUUUCACUUGAAACAUUGUCAUGGAAACGUGACCUCCACCCUGAUGGAGAAGCCCUCUGAUGGGGGUCCCGGAUGCGCGGGCCACCGUCAGCCUCGUCGACCUGGAAAAGUAAAAAAAAAAAAAAAAAGAAGAAGAAGAAAACUGGUUUAUAAACGCACUCUUCCUAAAAUUUUAAAGGAAUCAGCUUUGAAUGUAUCCAGCUGUGUUGACAGUUUGGAAUUAUGUUGUUUCAAGAGUGAAAGGGUUGAACUUUGUCCCCGUUUCCAUGGCGACUUUUUAAAGCGAAAGUUGAGUCGAGUGUCAACAGUGAGGAAUACAAGUUACUUUUUUUUGUGGGAAACAAACUUUCACUCGGGCCUGCUCAGUGGUGUCUCAUCCGGCGGACUGACCGGGGCUUAGACAGGCCAUGUUUGGUCCCUGUGCCAUAUGUUUGAUCCCCUGCUCUCAGAUCUGGACUUGUGUUGAAGCACUGGAAGUUCCACAUGGCUCUGUCUUCCCGGGAUGAAACCUGCCGAGGCCUCCUGAGGCCGCUGACGGACUUGAACUCGUGUUCAUGCUGCGUGAGACUCGUCUCGCUGCGGCUGCCGAGUCUGAGACGCACACGAGUUCUGUACCAGCGGCCGAUCGUCUCUUUUCAUCUCGCCUCAGUUUCUUGUUUUUCGUCUGUUUCCAUUGAAUUUAAUGAUGUAGUUUUUGCUUUUAAAUUUGUUAGUUUUUUUUGUCUUGUCGCUCCUUUGCUUCUUAAUUUGCUAAUAUUUUAUCCUAUUAUUUGAAGAGCGAAGCCUCCUGCACUUUUCUGUAUCUGAAAGGAUAUUAAUAACAAACUGAAUAUGCAGAUCGCUGAACUGUGAGUUCUUCAGAAAAGGAAGCUGCACCAAUACUCAUCAUCCCCUCAUGUAGGAAACCUUCAAGUUUCACUUCAUCUUUUUUUUUUUAUUUAACCCGAACAGCUAAAAUUAGUCAUUGAGAAUUUCCAAACAUUGAACGUGCGCAUGGCAAAGCUCUUCCACUUAUUUCUCUGCUCAGAACAUCAUAUUUUAAGGUAUUUUCUAACUUUUAGAGACACUGUUUUAGAAUUCAGCAGGACCAAAAAGGGUUAAAAGAACUUCUAUUGUGACAAAUAGAAAUUAUAUUGAAGCUUCCUUUGCACUUUUCCCAAAUGUCUUAAAACAAGCCUUUUUGACACGUCUGCUUCCUCCUAAACACAAACGAUAUUUUUGUCCUGAAACAAAAUGAGCUGCAGGAUGAAUGCGAUCAUGUCCUUUGAAUGUUAUUAUUGGGCCUUGCUGAUGUGGUACAAAGAGGGUUAGCGCCUCUUUUAAAAUACAUUAAAAUAUGUAUUUUUUAAAAAUCAGUUUGAUAUCUGUCCAGGGCUCAUUUACAUGACUAUUUUAGAUGUGUGUUCAUGUGACAACGGAGCUCUUAACCACUGAACCUUUUGAAAAUGGACUGGCGUGAGCUAAGCAGUCGAACAUAAAAUGAAAUGCUCAGGUUCAAUAUCAAGUCCUAAACAAGUUCAGCAGACGGACAAUCAUAAAGAUGUUGGCCUCCAUAAUGGCAUGACUCUCAUUUUUCAUGUUUCUAGUGUGUUUAGUUUCAUUACAUUUCUGGCAUUUCCAUGUCAACAAGACAAUUUUCAAAAUGUUCUCAUCUAAAUGUGAAACGUUUGUGAGAAUUUCAUGUGUUUUGUUUCGGACAAAAUCCUCUUGUAUACACAGCCUGUGGGAAUGUAUUAUAAAUGUGCGAAUUAACUGUUUGUCUACUUUUUUUAAAUUAUAUUUUAAAGUUUUUGCUUUUUUGCUAAAUUCACAUAUCGUAUUACCUUGUCAAUAAAAAAGUUGCUUGUUCA